AUGGGGAAAGAUAAGCGUAAGAACUCCAAUUCCAGUGGUUCUGCUAAUGGUCGUUCUAGUCCUCCCAAUAACAAUAACAAGUUCAAUAAGGGAGGAAACAAUAAAGGUAAGGGCAACAACAACGGAGGAAAUGGAGGAAACCAAAACAAAGGUAAAGUACCCCAAAAGUUCUCCGAAUGUCGCAUUUGCGAUAAAAAAGGUCAUUGGGAAUCGGAUUGUCGUAAUAAUCCUGGAGAAGGAAAGAGAGGAAAAGAUUUACCCGAAUGUAGGGAAUGCGGUGGAAAUCACUGGGAAGAUCAAUGUAGGACUUGGAAAUCAAAGAAUAACGAUGGCAACAACAACAACAAUGGUCAACAAGGAAAUUCAAGUCCAGUACAAUGUUUAGCACCCACCGGAGAAGACAUCUCACAUUUUUUCGCAGAUGGUAAAUAUCCCCCUCGUCCUUGUAAAACAUGUCAUGUUGCAGGACAUUGGAAUAAUGCGUGUCAGAAGGAUGGAUUCCAUCCAGUCACCAACCCUAACCCUAGUGGUAAGAAGAAUGAUAAUGAUAAUGGGAAAGGAGUUCAUUUUUCUGAUGACCAGUCGAGCGGACAAAUAGAUCUUUCUUUUAAUCAAUAUUAUUCUCCUCCUAAAUCCGCACAAUACGAUACACCCCAACAAGUUCCACCUGUUACUUUCGGCUUUCAACAACAGCAGCAACAGCAGCAGCAAAUGCAAGCUCAGUACAAUACUCAAGCCAACGAACAAAACACUUUCAACUACCCAAUCAACCUAAGUCUCAACUCCCACAGCCCAGACUACCUCCACUCAACACAACCAACCCCCUACCAAACCUACCCUAGCACCCCCAACCCCUCCCACCCAGAUCACCCAGACGCUAGCAGCUACCGCGCACGCUACCGCAGUACCACCUGUAACAUAUGUCAAACACUCGGCCACCGCCCCAACGACUGCACCGCCUAUCUCUGGCUCCUCCCCCGCAACCAUCCCUCCUGGCGCCCCCAUAUCGAUCCCCAGCACCCUAGUAACCAACAAACCGUCCACCCCAACAACUACUGGCUCGGAAACCCCAUGCAAAUCCCCUCUAAAUCCACAUAUAUCUGGCCGCAUCCGCAGAAUUCCCAUCAGGGGAGACAGUGGGGUGAGAAUGAUUAUGAGGUAUUAGAUGGGGGUAAGGAUGUGUGGGUCGAAGAGGAUGAUAGGGAGGGCGUCGGAAGAGUUAGAUGGGGUAUGCCUCCUGGCGGGUGUGGGGGCGAGGAACAUGGGAGCUUGUGUAGGUUUGAUGAUGAGGGGGAUGUGCUUAUGGUUGAUAUUUUGGAUUUGGAGGUUAGGAGGUGGAAGGGGAGGGUGCAGAGGGAGGAGAGAACGAGGAGAGCGAAGAAUUGGUGGGAGACUGAGGGGGGGUUUACUCAGUUUUAG